AUGAAUACGCUGACAGUUCAGACCGCCUCGACGCUGACUCAGGCGGCAGACAUCGACUCCAACCUGCUCUACCUGCCCAUUCAAAUUGAGUCGGACCGAGCAGAGGAACCCAGAGAAAUCCUGGCGCUACUGGACACGGGGGCGCAGGCAUCCAUUCUCUCGCGUGCGAUUGUAGACGAACUCCGGUUAUCUACGCACAAGAUCGCCACCCCGGUGAAGGUACAGUCCGCCAAAGACGACAGAUCGGUUAUAAUUCGGGACGCAUGUCACCUUGACUUCCGGAUCACAGGCACUGACGUCAGGGCUCAGGAGGAGUUCCUCAUCCUUGAUGCACACGCGGCGUUAAAGAUGCAGAUCGACUUCUAUGAACGACGGAUUUCCAUUCCCUCCUCGACCCACCCCGGACGUCGACAGCAGUUUCCUGUCGCUAUGAUGUUCCCGCGUGGUCUGUCACAGUGCCGACACGCUAUGCCAUGA